AUGGGGGCACUGGGUGACUGGGUGCGAAAGAUAAUGCGGUGAAUGCACACCUGGGGCUACAGGUGCUUCGCUGAUCAUCACCAUCCUCCGAUAUUGGACCUGCACCUCCACUACACCACGGCCCCGCCCUGCUGCUGCAUUCCACCGGCCGUGGUCUUUCAUCGGUUGAUGAGAGGAAACAUCUUGCAUCUCACCGCAAGCAAGUGAAUCCAUUUCGGGGAUCUCCUUUUCGAAGGUGACUGAAUGACGUCUCUCCUGACACCCCCGUCACAUCUGCUUCUGCCCCCCCCCCCCUCGGCCUUCACCCUCGCCGCCGGUAAAAGGGUGAGGUGCCAGUCUCUUGGCUCUCUCCGGCACCGCGAAAAGCGAAAGAUUUUGGAGAAUUCCCAUGUUUUUGAGAAUCGCCAAAUUUCCCAACCCCAAUCAUAACGCCGUUAAAACCCCUUGCUACCCGGUUUUCGAACCCACUCAAUCAGGGCCUACGCUACGCAAGACCCUUUUCCUUGUCGCUUUCUCCGCAAUCGCCUCCUGCAGUUGUGGUCUUUCCCACUGUCAGUCGGGGCUCCUAUUUAAAGCAACAUUUAUUUAUUUCUACAGAGUACAUCUGCACACACUGACGACGUGAGAGGGGGAAGUGGGCGAGAUCCCUCUUUUUUUGUUAUUGCCUUAAUACUCCCCACUCCUCCUUCUGGAACAAGCGGCCCAAGCAGUUGGACAAGCCAUCAGAACAUUACGUCGUGAGGAGACGGACGGCCCGCCGACUCGACCGCGUCCGGCCAACCUAUGAUACCGAAAGGACUGCGAACGAAAAGUGGGAACGAAACAAAAGAAAAAAAAACGAAAGGCGCAGGUCCGGACAACAGGGAAAACCGCUGCAUUUCGCCCUUUUACGAUUUCCCCCCUCCCCAGCACCAAGGUUCCCCCAGUGGAGAAGGCUCGAGAGAAAGAAGACUGGAACUUGGGAGCGUGUGUGCUUUUUCGGGGCGAGGUUGGACACUCGAGCUCUCUCUUUUUGGAUCCCUUGGAAUCCUACCUACCUUAUCCAACACCCGAAACCUUAUCCGUUAUUCCCAGUUUUGCGCAAUUGCUUGCUUGCUGGGCUUUUGCUUUUGGCAUAGGGGGUGGGCAUCUGUGUUUUAUUCCCUUAUACUGGUGCUACCAACUUACUUGCUAGCUACUUACAUACCUAAAGGUUCCAGGCCUUAUCGCAGCACACACCACACCCCCCGUUGUUAUCGUGGGUGCGUGUGUGUGUGCGUGUGCGUGUGUGUGUGGUGUGUUAGGCGUGUGUAGCUGUGUGUGUGUUCGAGACCACUCUACGGAAUCGCGUCUCCUACCCAAUCCUCGAAAUCUCGGAAGGACGCUGUUACCUACAUCGCGAUCAUGCCGCCACCAGAUAGUGACUCGGGGGCUCCCGCCGCCGCCCAGCCUGGGAAUAACUCCAGCGACUUUGUGCGCAAACUCUACAAGUAUGUAGCCAAUGAACCUCUUCAAACCCGAGAUCCAGGACGAAAGCUUACGAUGACGUCGCAGAAUGCUCGAGGAUCCCUCUUACAACUCGGUAGUACGAUGGAGUCCCGAAGGCGACAGUUUUGUGGUGUUGGAGAAAUUCACGAAAACAAUCCUCCCCAAACAUUUCAAACACAGCAAUUUUGCGAGUUUCGUGCGCCAACUAAACAAGUACGACUUCCACAAAGUUAGGCACAACGAAGAGAGUGGCGAGGCGCCAUAUGGCCGGGAUGCCUGGGAAUUCAAGCAUCCCGAGUUUCGGGCAGACAGAAAAGACCAACUGGACAACAUCCGGAGGAAAGCGCCGGCGCCCCGAAAACCACCUCCAACAGAAGAUGCGUUCCCAGCAUCGCAGCAGAUCGUGGUCCUUAGCGAAUCCCUGAAUGCCACCAAUGUUCAGAUACAAACCUUGCAAGAGCAGUACCUUGAACUCGAUCGCACGAACCGGCUGCUCGUCGCUGAGGUUCUGAGUUUGCAAAAGAUGCUCCGCGCCCAAAGUCAGGCGUCCAACGAGCUGAUAUCACACCUCAACAACAUGGAGGACAGACGACGCAACAGCCGCCAUUCAGCCCAGUCUUCCCACUCGAGCCACUCCGGCACCAACUAUCACCAGGGAACCUUGGGACUGCUGCCAGACGGGACCGACGAGCCAGCUCCGGAACUGCGACGUGCGCGUGAGAUCCUUAACGGGGUAUCUCCCGACUCUCAGGCCGACCGCGAACUCGAAAGGUUGUCCAUGGCCUACCACCAAAACGGCUCCCCGGCCGAGAGCGCAGGUUCCUCCGUCAUGUUCACCCACGCCGGUCCCCAGACCUCGAUGAACGUUGUGCACGAUCCCUUCAGCGAUCCAAGACAUCUUGUGUAUCCUGUGGGCCAAACACAGGGUAUCGAUCCAUUCCACGCCGACCACAUCCACAAUAUCCCAUACAGCCGACCGCUCAGUAACCCUAAUGUGAUGACCGAGGCGCCAUCGCAAAUCUCACCUCCACCGGGCAAGGAGCAGAACGGCUCACUGUGGAGAGGAAAGAAGCCGCAGAUUUUGUUGGUAGAGGACGACAAGACGUGCGCAAGGAUCGGGUCCAAGUUCCUGACGAAUAUGGAUUGUAGUGUCGAGACUGCUCGUGACGGCCUCGAGGCUGUCGAAAAGAUUAACACGGAUGCUGACCGGUUCGACCUCGUCUUUAUGGACAUCAUCAUGCCCAACCUAGACGGCGUUUCCGCCACGGCCAUGAUCCGGAUGGUGACGCCGCAAAUCCCCAUCAUCGCCAUGACAUCCAACAUUCGACAAGAAGAUAUCCAGACCUAUUUCCAGUUCGGAAUGAACGACGUCCUAGCCAAGCCCUUCACAAGAGAUGGCAUGGUCCGCAUCCUCAAAAAGCACCUCACCCGCAUGCUCAAAGACCCCCAAUCGGCCGGCGUGCUCAACGAUCCUAACGACCCCACCUCGGCCGGCAACGGCGGAGGAGGGCAGCAAACCGCCGGCGGCCCGGGCCCCCCGACAGGCGGCUACGCCAACGCCAACAUGGCAGCCUCGAUGCAAGCUGCCAUCAACCAGGCUGCCCAGGUCCAGGUCAAGUACGAGCAGACACCCAUACCGUCUCCUUCGACGACCGCGUCGUGGCACUCCCCCGGCACGACCAUGCAGCAGGCCCAGCAGCAGCAGGUCCAGCAGCAGCAGCAGCAUGCUAGCCCCCGGCUGGAUCAAGGCGGGUAUAUGAACGCUGUUGGGAGCGGGCAAGGGGUGGGCGGGAUGGUGCUGACCCCGGGGGGUUCGCAGAGGGGGCCGGGGCCGGGACAGCAGCAGCAGCAGCAGUAUGCGGGGUACAUGCAGGCUGGGCCAGGGCCGGUGACGAGACUGCCCGAGAUGGGAGGGAUGGGAGGAGGUGCGGGGGAUGAUCGGCCGGAGAAGAGGCAGAGGUUGUAUGGCCCUGGUCAAGGGGGGUAUGUUGGGUAA